UAAUUCCGGUUCCGGGUCAUCGCUUCCGUUUCCGGUAGGAUACAUGCGCGGGGGCACGACCUUCACGGGGGACAUCCUGUCCAGCCAUCCGGAUGUAUUCUACCUGUACGAGACUUCGUGGUUUAGCGAAGAUCGAACGCAUUCGCUGCGACGGGCUGACGCGUCGGUGGUCGACAGUCGCCGCAUUAUCACCAAGCUACAGACGUGCGACUACACUGAACCGGAGCUUCGCGAAUUCAUGAAAUACCAGGUGCGCCGCGGCCACUACGCUCGAAGCCACGCGAUCUCGCGAGAACUCGGCUGCGACGACCCGCUCCUCAUGCGUCGCCUCGACAAGUGCCGCCCUCUGGGGAAAAAAUGCGCCGAAACGCCGUCGCUAUGGCAACGCGCCUGCCGCUCACACCGCGUGCACGUCUUCAAGAUACUGCGUCUUCACGUCGUCGACGUGGCGCCCCUGGCGGCGACGCUGGCCGCGACGCUAGCCGGCGUCAGCGUCAAGUUCAUCCUGCUGACGCGCGACCCGCGCGGCGUUCUCACGUCUCGCGAGAGACACAAGUUCGUCGCGUUGCACCUACGCUCGCCAGACGUCUGCUACAACAUGGCGGAAAACUACGACAGCGCCGCCGCACUAAAUCUGUCCUCGGACGUUCUCAAGGUCAUCCGCUACGAAGACGUCGCCGACCACCCCGAGGUCAAGGUCAGAGAGAUCUACGAUUUCGUCGGCCUGCCGUAUCUGCCGGAGACCGACGCCUACAUCGCUUUGAACACGCGCGGAGAGACGGGAAGCGACGCGAAAGGCGCAAGGGGACCGGAAGUGGUGGGAUAAGGACCGAAAGCGACGAGAAGAAGAAGUGGAAAAAGGUGGAGUUCGACUGGCAUUCGACGUACAGUCGCAACUCGUCGGCGUCGGCGCGCGCGUGGCAGACGAAGAUAUCUCGCGCCAAACACGAGGAGAUAGAGAGACAGUGCGGGGAGUACAUGGACAGACUCGGGUACACGCGCACCGCCUACACGGGCAAGCCUACAAAGCUGCUGGGAAACCCUAGCAUCGGAUACGGUUACAACUGAGACGGG